CUAUGCGUCCACAAAACAAAUCCAAUGGAACUAUCCGCGCUAAAACGCGUACUGUACACAUGGGGUGCUAACAGUUUUGGGCAGCUGGGGCUAAAGAACGCUGAAGAUCAGGUGACGCCGCAGUGCGCAGAGUAUGGACAGGAAGCAGAAACAUUACGGGUCAUCACAGGUGGAGGUGGACAUUCAGCGCUCAUCACUGAGUCUGGGGAGCUGCUGGUAUGUGGACAGAAUCACAAAGGCCAGCUAGGACUCGGUCAUGUAUCAGAGGUCAUGACCUUUCAGCUCUGCCAGUUGCCUGGACGCAGGACUGUUCGGCAAGUGUCGUGUGGCUGGGACUUUACCAUCACUCUUACAGAUGAUGGACAAGUCUUGACAUGUGGCUCCAAUGCUUUCGGUCAGCUGGGCGUCUCGCCGCAGACACAAUACACUGCACAGUAUCUGCUAAUCACGUCUUUAAAGGAACCAGUCGUCAGUGUAGCAGCAGGACUUAGACAUGGGCUCGCAGUGACAGGUUCAGGUGGUGUGUAUCAGUGGGGUACAGGUCUGUUAAGUCAAGCCAAACGAGCACUGAAUCCUCAGCCUGUCCCAAACCACCUCAGCUCCAAGGAGCCCUGCUUGGUCACAGGGCUGGACCAUGUAUCUGUCACGAGUGUAUCUGCAGGCUCUGUGCACUGUGCCUGUCUGACAGUAUCCGGCGAGUUAUUCCUGUGGGGAAGUAAUAAACACGGCCAACUGUGUAGAAAAGACACCUUCCUACCUCUGCCUACAGCUUUAGACCCUUCACUGUUAAAUGGAGAAAGAGUUUUGUCGAUACACAGUGGCUGGACUCACCUAAUCGCCCAGACAGAGAGUGGGAGAGUUCUUACAUGGGGAAGAGCCGGUUAUGGACAGCUUGGGAGACAAGCGACAGGCAGCGACCGUACAGAAUCGAGUCUUCCUUCUGAGGUCAAGACGCUUCAUGGAGCCUCUCAGAUUGCAUGUGGCUCAGAGCACAACCUUGCCAUCGUAGGGAAUCAGGUUUUUUCCUGGGGUUGGAACGAGCAUGGGAUGUGUGGAGAUGGUUCUGUUUGUGAUGUCAUCCAACCGCAGCCAAUCCCCGAUCUCCAGAAUGCCAAAGGACUCCUGAUUGGCUGUGGAGCAGGACAUUCCUUGGCACUUUGUUGUUUGAAGAACAUUAAAGACACUGGAAGAUGAACAGCAGUUAAAAGACUGCUUGAGCGGCGACACUCAAAUCACUGAGCGUCUUCUGUUAACUCCAUUAUUUUCUCAUAUUCACAUACUGCAUCCCACUGUGAUUUAGAUUUCUACAGCAGCCCAAAAGUUGCCUUUUCACAGGAAACACUUCAGGAAGCCAGGAAUGAUGUCACGUUGUCUUCGAUGGAGCAGCUGAUAUAUUUUCUACUUGAUGAUUAAUUAGAACGGUUAUAUAUGCAACUGGUUUUACAUUAAACCCACUCCAGUUACCAAAUACAAUAGAAAGAUAGAUUAUUAGAGAUAUUUUUGUAUUGAUUUUGAGAUUUAAUAAGAUUAAUGAUCUCUGUGUUCAUAUUAAAAAUGCCAUUUAAAAUCUUUAAUCCCUGCCUUUCACCUGAAUUUGUGUUUACCUUGAGAAGAAAUGAACUGUGUAAUAAAGCUAAGGUUUAUUAGAGCUAUGUAUUUAAUCUGCUACUUUUAAAUUCAGUUCAAUUUUAUUUGCACAGCACCUUUAUCAACACGCAAAGAACGUUUUCGGAAAUCCGACUAACAUUAUGGAAAUACUGUGUACAGCGGUGCAUAGUUUGGAAUUCAGGUAGGCUUCAUUUGUUAAAAUACAAGGAUUGUUCAAGGUCACUGUCAUAUCUGACAUAUAGAUAUCAUUCGAGCAUUUUUUUGUUGUAUUCCCACAUGAUAUUGAAUGUAAAAUAAAAUCUCAGCUAUUA